AUGAACUUCCGCGAGAAGGUCAAGCGGGUGUUCCGCUCCAGAUCCAAAAAUGAUGGAAAGCCCAAGGUCGAAUACUAUAGGCGACACGAGUGUCCCCCGUCCAAAUUCCGUGGUCCUUUCGAUCGUGCCCACCAGAAGAGCCUAGCCGCUUGGUCCUUCCAGGGUGCAAUGGUCGAACGGACUCGUUCAUUCGACGACUCCGUCUCACCUUGUACCACUUUUGAAGUGUCUGACGGCUACUCCGGCCCUUCCGAUACUGACUUUUCGGUGUCCCCGGACAAUGUCGAUCCAGUCGACGCCCUUCCUGAGGUCCCUGCAGAAUCUUCGCCACGCGCCCCCAACUCCGGCUCCCAGUCUUCCACCAUCGUCAACUCCUCCAGCUACAAUGGCUCAAUGAUGACCCUCACCAACGAGGGCUCCAUCUACGAGAUCCCAGAGGAUGUCAGAGAGCCCAAGUUCUUCCUCAAGGAGUCCGUCCGCUAUUCAUCACCUCUCGUCCGGGCUAUCUCGCCUGCCAUGACCCCGUGCGUCAUGUCCGCCCGGAAGGACCUCCCUUUUGCCCCAGAGGAUCUCGCCCGUGCCCUGAUCGCUAUCCAGGUCUGCGCCUGA